AUGGGAAGACAAUUGAGAUCCACUCACAAGACCAAUGACCACAUAUCUAUUCAGAAUGUGAAAUGGAAAAUGAGAAGACACAUGAUCAUCUGUGGAAAUUUUGCACAUAAACAAAAUUGGAUGGACAAGAUCCCAACGGUUAUGUUGGUUUCAUGUAGGCCAUCUGUGGUGUUCAAGUACAAUGAAGCUACUUGGGUUAUGAAGGCUUUAUGUGCAAUUUCAACAGGAGUGGCAUCCUCAGGAAAGGACCUCUGCAACACCAUGAGGGCGAUGAAGCAAGUGGACCAUGCUGACUCAGGACUCAUUCCUAUGCUGGUCAAGUUCAUUCAAGACCACUACGAAAUAAAUGAACAUUUUCAUGAAUCGCGGCCAUGUCAAUUGUCGAAAAGUGUCAAGAUUUUCAAAAGUCUUGCCUCUGUUCAUUGGGCGAAGGCUUGCAGAAAGACAGAGAGGUUUUUAGUGAGUAAUGCCAAUUGGCUGGAAGUGGUAUUCCAAUGGCCACAGAUUGGCUGUUGCAAGAUUCCUCUUCGAGUGGCCUCCAUUGGAAGGCCAGAAAAACCAUUCCAUGAGAGUGGCGACAGGUCUAAAUGUCGAAAAACCGCAACAUUGACACAGAUGGCAUCACCUGAAGAGUUGGCAUUUGCAGCACAAGUAAAGCUUCGACAAGAGAGAAAGUUUGAUGCCGCCAACUUAUUGAAAGACGUCGUUCAAGCAUCACCAGCCAGGCUCAAAGAAAUGGCAACAGCCUAUGUUCAGGCCAAAAGGAAACAGGAAGUCAAACCAUUCACACCCGAUGAAGCUCUUGCCCUGUAUAUAGAGGCAGACUUGUCAAGGUCCAGCUAUGAAUUGAUACGAAAGGAAGCCAAGGUCCGGAAUGCAGACAUUUAUCCCCGAGUUGCUGUAGUGCUCGAAGGUUUCCCCGAAACGAGACACCGCCACGGAGUGCCCGGUCUUCGCGGAACGGCAUUAGGUCCUUCGGGCGUGUCCGCCUUCCACACGCACUUCCCCCUCCGGCCCUCGCGGAAGACGGAUCCUUCCAAGUUUACGGAGAGAGUGGCCGCGAGCGGCCGUGUAGACAGGGUUGCUAGGCGUACGAGAAGGAUGCCCAAGCCUUUGACCCGAAGGGACCUCUGCAACACCAUGAGGGCGAUGAAGCAAGCGGACCAUGCUGACUCAGGAGUCAUUCCUAUGCUG